AGGAGCCCGUUCGCGCGAGAGGCGGGCGGUCAGUGGCGUGCCAGAGGGCUCGCAGGUGCUGCGGCGAUGGCAUCCUUUGACAGCGCUCUCGAGCACGUGCUGGUGCACUAUCGCUGGGUCUUCGUGUGCUUCUUCCUCCUCCCGAUUUCGCUCUUCUAUGAAGUGUGGCUGUACACACGAAACUGGAUAGUGUUCCAGCUGAACAGCGCGCCGCGGCAGCACGAUAAGAAGGUGCGCAACGUUCAGAGACAGACUGUGCUGGUAGAACCAUUGGUUAACAUGGGACAGCUCUCAGCAACAUUGACACCAUUGGGAUGGACUAUUCCAGUGCUACCUGAAAUAGAUGAUCUCACCGUUGGUGGAAUGGUAAUGGGAACAGGAAUUGAAUCUUCAUCACAUAAGUAUGGAUUGUUUCAACAUAUCUGCAAAUCUUAUGAAUUAGUACUGGCAGAUGGCAGUGUCGUUACAUGUUCAAAAGAUAAUAAUUCGGAAUUAUUUUACUCAAUUCCAUGGUCAUAUGGUUCGUUGGGUUUCCUGACUGCGGUUGAAAUCCAGAUUAUUCCUGCAACAAAAUAUGUGAAACUGGAAUAUAAGCCUGUACGAUCCUUGGAUGAAGCCGUGUCAGUAUUCAAAGAAGAAACGCUUAAAACUACACAGAAUCAAUUUGUAGAAGGGCUUAUGUUCAAUAAAGAAGAAGGAGUUAUAAUGACAGGAAAUAUGACAGAACUUCAUGAAGCUAACAAGGUAAACGAAAUAGGUAUGUGGUAUAAGCCAUGGUUUUUCGAACAUGUCAGAUCCUUUCUCAAAAAAGGCAAAAGUACGGAAUAUAUUCCUCUAAGAGACUAUUAUCACAGGCACACACGGUCUAUUUUCUGGGAGAUUCAGGUGUAUCCUUUAUGGCUGUGUCCGUUCAAACUGAACAAUGAUCCAGGCCUCGUACAUUCAUCAAAUAAUGGAGAUGAAAUAUAUGUUGAUAUUGGUGUAUACGGCGUUCCUAAGGCACCUAACUUCCAUCCUGUGAAUACAACAAGGAGAAUCGAAGAAUACGUUCGCAAAGUAAAAGGUUUCCAGAUGUUGUAUGCAGAUACUUAUGCUACGAGAGAAGAAUUUGAAGAAAUGUUUGACUUUAGUUUAUACAAGCAAAUGAGAAAUAAAUUGAAUGCAACUGAAGCAUUUCCUGAUAUGUAUGACAAAGUUAACAAACAUGUAAGAGAGUGACUGUAAUUAUAGGAAAAUAAAGCAGAGAAAUUAUAACAAAUAAAUAAUGCAAAAUAUUUAUAUUAUGUAGAAUUAUCAGAAUAAUAAAUAUGGACUUUUAAUUACUACUAUAAAUAAUUAACUUGCUUAUUUUCACAUACUAAAUGUAUUGACAGGGAUUUAUUUAUUUUGGUACAAAUUUAAAUGUGAAAAUAUAAAAUUACAUAACUGGCCUUUGUCACUUAUCUAAUUUUAGGACAUUUAUUUUCCUUUUUGAAUAACACUUGUUUCUAUACACAUUUCUCAUGAUUCAUUAUCUAAGUAAACUGAAACGUAGUUCAAUACUAUUAUGUAAAUUGUAUCAAUAGUUAUGAAUGAGACUUGUAAAUACCACAUCUAUUUAAUACAUAAAAGGUCAAUAAAUAUCAAGCUGUUCAAUUAAAAUGAAAUCCGUUACAAAAUUAAGAAGAAGAAAAAUACUGAUUGUUUAGCAAGUUCUUCAAGUAUAGAAUACAUUAAAAAUAACAAAACACCUAUAUUGAUUCCGAGUUCUCUAUCCAGAUAGACAUGAUUACCUCUCAGUUAGAACUUUUAAGGAAAAUGGAGCAAUCUUGUUUCUGAAGCUCCAUUUGACAAAUUUAAUGUUUGCUAGAAGUCAUGAUGCUUGGAAAUGACCAACAUUAACUAAAUUGUUCAUCAUCAAUUUUCUCUAACUCCUUCUCUCUUAGUAGAUUUUUAAUUUCUUCAACAAUGAAUGUCAUCUCAGGUCUUAAUUUUAGCUGAGCAUUCCAACACAUUUGAUACAGAUCAAUGUAUCUUUUAUCAUAUUGAGUUGUUCCCUGCAUUACUUUU